AUGUUCGACGACGACGGUUGGGCUGGUCCCCAAAAACGGCAAAUUUCGGUAUAGUUAGUCUUUUGUUCGUUCCGGUACGCGGCGGCAGCGCGAAGUUGUUUGUUGUGUUUUCACAAUUUUGCAGCACACCGUGGAAAAGUGGCCAAAAACCUCUUGUGCGCCUACUUCGUUGCGACAGUGAUUCGAAUUAUUUUCGGUACCAACCAGCUGAAUUACAAGGGAGAUCUCAAUCGGUGCUGAAUUGAAUUAAACGAGAGUGUGGAGCAGUAGCCGCUGGAAUUAGUGUUUCUGAGUGUUGAUGUUACUAAAGAUUUCAACGAUUGUGAUAGCUGGAAACCCGACGAAUUGGGGGUUUAGAUUUGGCGUUGUUGAAAAAGUGCAACUAUUCUAGGGAUUCGAUUCCGGAAGCUGAUGUUUUGGAAACCAACAUUCAUCAAUUUGACUGAACACUCGUCGAUUUCAGUGGUCAACGUUUUUGGAAUUAUAAACAGAAUCACGGAGACGAUGGAUUAAUGAAUUACGGACGGCAGUCACAGUCGGUUGAAUGGUUGCCGCAAAAUUCGGUUCAGUCCAAUAUGAUGGCCAACGCCAUGCUCGCGCGCGCCAUACAUAAAUCAUAGAUCUAUGAGCAUUGUAAUGGGAUAGCGAGUGAUUGUGAUGCAGCAUUUGCCGCGGAUUUUGCCGUUGAUCAUCUCGUUGAUGAUGAUCUCUGGCGAGCGAGUGAUGUUGCAGCAGAUGUGAGCAGAUGUUUAUAUCGUUAGGCGUGUCUAACUCAGCUGCCAAAAGGUCUAUCAAGCUUGGACUUUGACUUGGGUAUCUUGUUUCAAGUUUCGAAUGGCUCUUAUCUGCUGCUGUAAUGUGAAUGAAUUGACUCCGGGCAGUGAAUUGUUUAGUGUAUAGUCAAUCGCAAUAGAAUGCAUAAAAUGUGGAGCAAUCAUUUAUUGCAGAAAAAAAUGCUGUAACAUCUAAGAAUCUAAACCGGUGCGGGGAGUGGCUUGAAUCAUGGAAAAAUAGUGAACAACCCAUGAGUUGUUGUUGAUUGAAAUCUGUAAAUGUGAUGAGGAAAUUCACGAUGAUCAAAUUAUACACAGACACCGGUCACAGUAAAUGAAUGAAAACGAUUCGUCAGAAGUGGUUGAUAUUUACUAUUCUUCAAGAAGCAGAACACGUGACUGAGUUGGAAAAAAGAAAAAAAAAAACAGUAACUACCGAAGAAGAAGACUAACCGGGGUUUGGGGGUGGCUUUAAGCCAUAAGAAGAAAAGAACCCACGAAGAAGCCAAAGAAACCAUUGGCAAUUUGGUUUGCUUCGGUUAGUUUCGGCAUUGUGGCGGAUCAGUGACGACGGCAACAAAGUUGAAGUUAUCAUCAUCGCCAUCAUCAGAAAACCGCGACGACAAAGAGACGGCGUCGUCAUGACAUUGAAUUUACCCGUCAGUAAACACGAUGGCGGUGGUGGUCCCAAAGUCGCUGUUCCGGUAAAUGGCAGCGGCGGCGGAGGCGGAAGUGGCGGAGGGCCUCCGAAAAAGAUGACGGAAUCCGCUUAUCCGGUUCAUCAAAAAAGGGAGCACACCACGAAAGAGUUAUCGCAGUCACAGCUGCCGAGGGCUAUUGUAAGGCUGGAACCCCCGAACCGGAUGACCGGAUCGGUUGGCACUGGGCCGGGGAUGACGUCGCCGUCGUCGUCGGUGACCUCGAUGACCUUUUCUCAGCCGUUGGCAGCGCAGAUUAAAAUGUGCGGAUAUCUGAAGAAGAAACGGAAUAAAAUGGGUGGCUGGCGGAAGAUGUACUUCAUCCUGCAGAAUCAGCUACUGCUUUCAUACUCCUCCAAGGAUGAUUACGAGAAGAAGCUGGCCCCCUUCAAGGAUAUCAUCAAUCUAGUGCCUGGAACCGUAAUUAUUCCCACAACUGGACCUCGUUUUACCAUAGAAACUAACUCGAAAGUGCUGUACACAUUUAGAUGCGACGACCAUAAAAGCUGUUCCGAGUGGAUAACCGCCUUGCUCGACAGUCUGAAAGGUGACAUCGGGGCGACAACUGCCGGAGGAGGAGGAGGAGGAGCUGGAGGAGGCGACAAAAAGUACAGCGGCAGUCUUCACAGCGGCGGUCUGCACAGUAGCCUCGCCAGCAGCAAUUUGCAUCAACAACGACUGGCCACCCGUCGCUCGCUGUCAUCGCUUUCGUCAUCCUCCUCUUCAGCGUCUUCGACAUCGGCCUCACCCAACGGCGGAAGCCACCCGGCAAUUGGCGGAAACAACAAGAGAACAGCGACUUAUGCCACCGAUGAUCCCUCCAAGAUGGUCAUCAGUUCCAUCCGGAGGCUGCAACAUCCGGGGACCUUGCAGCAGCAGCAGCAUCACUUUUCGCACCUCAGAACAGCCGGAACAGGAAGUGGAAACAAGAUGGCCUACGGUGGAACUGGGAAGUUGAAGCCUUAUCAGCAUCAGGCCUCACUUUCGGCACCCAAUUUGUUCUACGGAUUCAGUAGCAAUGGCUUGAACGGGAAUAGCGCCAUAAAAGUGAGUAAACUGGUGCAGCUGCCCAUCGGAGGAGGAACGGCUCGGUUAUUGGAACGAGGAGUUGGUAGUUCCUCUCAAGCUAGAGUAGAUUCGGGACCGGGACACAAAGCAGACGAUCGACUACAGCAACAACAGCAGAAGAAGUACAAAAUUCUGACCAUAAAUGAGGUCGAGGACGACGGGGAAAACGAUACCGUAAUCGACAGUGCUGCUUCUACUGCAAGCAGCAGUAGUAAUACUAAAAAAGGGGACCGUGCCGUCGUCAACAACAAAGUGGCACAGAUUCCCUCGGCUGCUGCUGCUGCUGCUGACGGAGGACGAGGUAGCAAUACUACUGGCGGAAGUGACGAGCGAGGCGCUACUGAGAUAAAACAGAACGUAAAGAAUGUGAAAACCAGAGCAACAGCAACAACAGUGGUGUCUGGUAGCAUCGGUGAAAAGGACCGAGCGGUGAGGCACGGGAAUCCGGGAAGUGGUAGCAGUAGCAGCGGAAGUGAAAAGGCCCUUCCUCAGGCAUCGCGUCUCCCUGUUGCUAGUACGCAACAGCAUCAACAACCGAAGAAGAAGAACCACGAGGGCAACAACAACUUCCGACUGCACACCGAUCUCGGUAAAAAACAUCAGUCCGUCGAAGUGUGUCGGAUCAACCGUAUGUUCGGAGGUUCUGGUGCCGGUAGCAACAAGUUACGGUUCAACGGAUUUGGCGGCGAUAAUAGCAGCACCAGUUCCAGUAGCAAUAGUAGUUACGGAGUCAACGGUUCCAACAAAUUCCUCCUAGCGACCGCGGCCAGUACCGGGGAUCUACGGUCCGUGGCGUCCACAAUGAUCGAUGCCGAUCAAGACGGCAAAAGCAAGUGUAGUGUAGUAGGUGGAAGUGCUACGGAUCUGCGUAACGUGACGGGGGCCGCGAAGAUCGCGAAAAAAAUGCUACACACUAGUAAGGGGGUGCCCGAACCCAAACCACUGAUCGAUAUCAACCACAACAGCCUUGCCAAAUGGAGUGCGGAAAGCAUAACGAUAGAACUGACUGCCAAUGGUUUCAUUCUCGGCGGUGGCAAAAGUGCCGGUUCUACCGAUACUCUUUACCGGAAGGAUCGCCGCCAUUACAACGCAUCAGCCAGUACCGGCACCGGAACCUUGGAAGCUUUGGGCCGCAGUCGAAGUAACAGUCACAGCAACAGCAACAGCAAAUCUAGUCAGCAGCAGCCGAGGCGCUAUAGCAGUAAAACGGGUCUGAAUCCGAUGAUGAUGAUGGUUGAUGGUCAAGAUCAAAGAAACAUUUACGAGGAAGUGGCCGGCGACGAUUCUGAUCUUGCCCCGGUCAAAGGUAAAUCUUCAAAUGCCGAACCGAUAUAUGCGGUUGUUGAUCUGAAUGUGAAAAAGGCUCGCCGCUUGAAUCAGUUGAAUGGUGAAUUGGGUAGUGGUUCCAUUAAGGUGGACAUGGUGCGGGAUCAAGAUACGGGUCGAUUGGAGGAAAAAAGUAGCAAGAAUUCCAAUGCUGCAGUUGCAUCGGCACUUCCGGUGGUGAGCAUCAACGAUUAUGAGGAGUUGAACGAGCUUGGAUUCGAACAUUUUGUCGAUUUUGGAGACGAUUUGGACAACUCCAAUGAUAGCGAGAACAUUUAUGAACCGAUCAACAUCCCGGAAGGACCUUUUACAUCCACUACCUCCCUGCCCACGGCUCAACCGAAUCCCUCGCAGAUGCACAGCCUCUGGAGGAACCUCAAAAAGAUGAAUAUCAAUCAUUUGAUCAAACGAUCAAACCAAGAAGUUCAUCCACAACCGAACCAAAGAACUGGAGCCACCGAUCCAGGUGAAGACCCCUCAGUGGCUGCCGCCAAAGCUUCUGCCUUCAGCGAGUUAAGUAAAAAGUUCGGCCAUCAUCGUCGAUCGAUCAAAAAUCGAAUGCGAGUCCUGGUAGAUCGAGGUGGCCAACCUUCUCCUCCAGGAUCGGAAUCGUCUCAAUCAACCAAAAUGUCCCACUCGGACGAAAAACUUCGGAAAACCUCAACCCACAGUCAAUUUUUCAGCACCUUCGGGCGCAACAAAAAGUCCCGCAAAUCGCUCUCCUUUGAUGAUUUCAUUCCACGCAAAAAGCACCAUCAGCAUCACCUCAACGGGGUCGGGGUGAUCUGUAAGGUGGACAAAACUAACGAUAAGUUGCACCGGGAGCUGAAGCGGCAGCUCUCGAAACGGUCCGAUACGAGUAGCAGCGGCGGAAGUAGCGUACCGGAAACCAAAACCGGCGGAAUCGAGCUGUAGAACUUUUUUGCUUAGGUGUGUCUCUCUUAGGCUUCUAGGGUUUUAGAAUAAGUGUAGUUUUAUUUGUUACACGAU